UUAUGGGGAAUACGUGGACGAAAUGGGCUUAUGUAUUGUCCAAUUACAGAUCAACUCAACGAGAUUUGACAAAAUCAUUUUGCAUUCACAGUGAAAAUGGAGCCACAGCUUCGCAAGGUUUUGGUGGUUGGAUGCACACAGGGGGUAGGGUUACAGGUCACGAAGAGACUACUUGGGAAUCCGGAAGUAUAUGAAGUGUAUGCCCUGGUUAGAAACCGCGAAAAAGCAACUAAAGUUCUCGGAGAUGAGGCUGCAAAGGUGAACAUUAUCGAUGGAGAUAUUACCAAAGAAGAAACAUUGCAACCAGCAUGCCAAGGUAUGGAUGCUGUUGUAUGUACAGUGGGGGCAUCUUCUGGAUGGCGAGUUCCUGGCUUAAGUGAAUCCACACCCAAGCAUAUUGAUUUCUUAGGGGUGAAAAAGCUGAGCGAAGCAGCAGCUUCUGCAAUGGUUCCAAAGUUUGUGCUUGUAUCAUCACUUGGAGUGACACGCCCAUGGUUUGUAGUGUCCAUUCUCCUCAAUGCAUUUAUGGGUCGAGUACUUGUAUGGAAAUUAAAGGGUGAAAAAGCUCUAAGAGGAGCCUACAAAAAGUCCAAGAACAUCGACUACUACAUUGUGAGGCCUGGGGGUUUAACUAAUAAAGAAGGGGGAAAGCAUGGCCUCAUUGUUGACCAAGGUGAUAAAGGAAGUGGAAUGAUCACACGACAAGAUGUAGCAACUGUAGCAAUAGCAUGUGUUGAUGGUGCAUGCACACCUAAUUCCACUUUUGAAAUUUGGAAUAGUAAAGUAGAAGGAACACCUGAUCUGUCAAGCCUCUCAAAUUUGCUGCCCGAUAAAAUGUAGGGGAAUUUCUCAGGUGGUAGGACUUGGGGAAAUUUCCCAUUUGUUUCUAUUAUUAUUUCCAUUUUAUGUCAAUGCUAGUAAAGUUUACGAGAUUCCCUAUUCUAUGCGAUUGCUUGUAAUAUAUUAUAUAAAAGUUGUAUUUGUUAUCACAAACUAUUCGUUCUAAUAGAUAGAUGGAUGUUAUGACAGUAUUGAUUUGGCAUUGAGUUAUACCAAGCAUCAAAGCUUCUGAAAUGCCAAUAUAUUAUUGAAAUAAAUAUCUGAGAAAUUGUAGUUCUGUAAGAAUUUCUUCUUACAAAAACAUAUAUUUUUUGUUGAUUGAUGUGUUGAUCAAAUAGACGUGAUCAAAAGGACAGACAUACUGACUUUAUAUGCAUCUAUACGAGGGAUCAAAGCUUGAUAGUUUGCUUUUGA